UAUGACGGAUGCCCUGGUCGGUUCCAACUCUGCGUUUACACGACUGUUCGGUCCGUAAUCAAAGCUUAAGCGGUUUCGCGGAUUUAAUUAAAUUUCCACCCGUCCAUCUCACACACGCCUGUACACUGUUUACACGGACAUACUUGCAAAGGCAGGGUUGUAUUUUUUUCAUUUUUACUAGGCUCACACGUGUUACGGCUUAACCGAUCGAUCCAUCAGUCUCGAGUUAUUAAAAUCCCAAUAUCGCCGUGGUGUUUUCUUCGGCAUUUUGUUCAAACGAAAUUAUCAAACGCUUCCCUUGGGACACUAUAGAAAAAUAAUCGAAUUUCAAAACUAUGUUGUUGCGGUGAACGAGAUAAUGUGUACCUAUUAUUCCGUUUUUGAUUUGGUUAUAAACUAAGUAACCACCGAACACUGUUCUGAUAUUUUCUCCGUCAAAUCAGUUUGUGGCGGUUAAACAAUCGAAGAUUCUAAAUUUGGGCGACCGUUAAGCGUCGAGAAGAUUUGCGAUGGUUAAAUUUCUCUUGGUGACUUAGAAAAGUCAAUCAAGUAAAUGAAAAAAAACGCCGAGCCUUAAACUGUCGCUCUGAAGAUGGACUCUGCAACGAGUGGAUACAUCCGUUCCAACAUUUCCAGCGAUAAGACAAUCCGCGAAAGCUUUAACACGUUCGAAUAUAAACAAAUGAAAAUUCUGCUAGAAGAUUUGACAACACUCUUUAUGAAAAAAUACAGUUUCAUAAAAACUAUACGAUUAAAAUAUCUAAUUUUAAGAUUUUCAAGCAAAAUUGCAGAACCUGUAGCGAGUCAUUCGAAAAAGUUUGAAACUCCUGAAGUACAAUUUAAUUGUUUAGGUGUUAAUACGAGGCAGACAGCCAUCGUAUUAGGAAAUUAUCAUGAUCAACAUUUGAAUUCACAGUUUCAAAAUAUAAAAUUUACUCAAAAUACUAAACACUUUGAUGCAUUAUGUUGUAAUAAAUUAAUUACUCAAUUAAAUCGAGAUGGUAGAUUACCCGAUAUACGACAGACCACAUCCUUCAAAGACCUUCAUCCCACUGCGGGAAAAGUUAUUUUAUCAGGUUUAGGAAAAGAAGAUGCCGGUUAUGAUUCGAAAAAUAAAUUUUGCAAACUUAAGGAAAACUCGAGAAUAGCUGCUGGUGUUGGAACUAAAGUUGCUCAAGAUGAAGGCCAUAUAGAAGUGUAUGUGGAAAAAAUGAAUGAUUUUUCAGCAACCAGUGAAGGGGCACAUUUAGCAAGUUAUUGUUAUCAAAAAUUUAAACAUGAGUGCGAUAGAAAAAUCCCAGAAGUAAUAAUCAAUUCUUAUGAAGAUUGUUGUUUGAAUAUUAAGUGUGAGCCUCUUGAACGAGACCAGUGGUUAUGGGGUAGAGAUUGCGCUGAAACUCAAAACUUUACUAGAGAUUUAGCAUCUAUACCUACUAAUAUGAUGACUCCUGAAGUAUUUACACAACAAGCCGUUAAAACUAUUGCAGAUAUUCCAGGGUUAAGUAUGAACAUUCUACAAGAAAAAAUUAUCAUAGAAAAAAAUAUGAACGGAUUAGUAGCUUUAAGUAAAGGCUCAUGCAGAAGACCGAUUUUCCUAGAGAUAGAAUAUACUGGAUGUAAAUGUUCUGAAGAACCAGCACCAGUUAUUUUAAUUGGUCAAGGUGUAACAAGUGUAAACACUUCCCCAGUAUGUAAAUCUAACAAAGCACAAACUCAUAUAAUCGGAGCAGCAACAGUAUUAGCCACUAUGAAGAUGAUAGCUGAACAAAAAAAACCUAUUAAUAUCCGUGGGUUAAUUCCAUUGUGUGAGAUUUCAAAUGGCCCUUGCGAAAAAGAAAUAGUUGAAGGAAUGGACGAAACUAUUGUUCAAGUGUCUGAUCCUCGUCGCUUUAACGUACUUGCAAUGAUGGAUGCCUUGACUUACUCUCGAGAUAGAAAACCAAUUGCAAUUGUAAGUCUUAUGAAUAGUCCUGGUUUAGGCUAUUCUGAUCUACGUUCAAUAGCUUCAGCUACUUUUUGCAACAACGAAUCACUUUGGGAAACAUUUAAAAAUGCGGCUAGACACACUGGUGACCUCCUUCAUAGAUAUCCCCUUGAUGCUCAAUACGAUAAUUACAUAAAAGGUGACUGUGGACAUUGGAAAAAUGCAUCGAAUGUUGAUCCACUAUCAACUGAUGCUAGAAUACUUUCAAAAUUUGUUGGAGAUAAAAUUCCAUGGAUUCAUAUGGAGCUGCAGUAUGUUAACUAUAACCCACACAAUAUACCUUACUUGCGACUUGAUCAAAUUCCAGGACGACCAACAAGAACCAUUACUGAAGGUAUUUUACAAAUGCUUACGAAAGAUAGAAAAAAGUAAGCACUGUAUAAACGUUAUGAGUGAAAUGCCAAAUUUUAAAGAAUAAAAAUUUUCAAUUUAGAAUUUAUUAUAAUGCAUAUAGAAAUUAUAAAUAAAUUAUUAUA